UUCUCUCUCUUUUCUAGAUAAACUAAAUUUAAAAUGUGGCUUUACUCAUUCCUCAUGUCAAACGUGAAACCCUUCAAGUCUCAUUCAUUAGGCACCAAAGUCACACUCUUAUAAUCAAUUCUUUCAUUUACAAACUGCAUUUUUUGUCUUUAAUUACAUUAAAAAAACUUCCUACCACCAUAUACCUUCUCACAUUUAUUUUAUAUACUUUGGUAUAAAAUAAAUAAUAUAACAUUUCAUUCAUCUUGAUUUCAUAACAAAUCAGGAUCUGUUUGUUGCUUCUAUUCUUCACUGUUUUAUCUUCUUCUUCUUCUUCUUCAGAAGAUGGAUGAUUAUGAGGUUAUUGAGAAACUUGGAAGAGGACCUUUAGGUGCAACUUUUCUUGUUCUUCAUAAGACCGACAGAAAGAGGUAUGUAUUGAAGAAGAUUCGAUUAGCCAAGCAUACGGAGAAGUCCAAAUUGACAGCAUACCAAGAGAUGGACCUGAUAGCACAACUAAAUUACCCUUAUAUUGUGGAGUACAAAGAUGCUUGGGUGGAGAAGGAGGACUAUAUAUACAUUAUAAGCGGCUAUUGCGAAGGCGGUGACAUGGCUGAGAAUAUAAAGAAAUCUCGAGGAUCUUUUUUUCCAGAGGAGAAAGUCUGCAAAUGGAUGACUCAAUUGUUGCUAGCUGUCGACUACCUGCACUCUAACCGUGUGCUCCACAGAGAUCUUAAGUGUUCCAACAUAUUCCUCUCCAAAGAAAACAACAUUCGUCUAGGUGACUUUGGUCUUGCGAAGCUACUAAACGCAGACGAUCUCGCUUCUUCGGCUGUUGGAACUCUAAAUUACAUGUGUCCCGAGAUCUUUGCGGAUAUGCCAUAUGGUUAUAAAUCUGACAUAUGGUCACUUGGUUGCUGCAUGUUUGAAAUUGUUGCACAUCAGCCGGCAUUUCGUGCUCCAGACAGGGCUGGACUUAUCAAUAAAAUAAAUAGAUCCACCAUUUCUCCGAUGCCAAUUGUUUACUCUUCCACACUGAAACAACUUAUCAAGAGCAUGCUGAGGAAAAACCCUGAACACAGACCAACAGCGGCUGAAUUGUUGAGACAUCCUCAUUUACAACCUUUUGUUCUUCGCUCUCGUAAUGCACCAUCGGUUUUUCUUCCGGUACAUCUCAUAAGUUGUGACUCGCCAAAAAAAUCUUACAAAUCUACUGGUGGCAAUGACAAUAGGGACAAAGAAGAAGGAUUUGUAAACCAUUUGGAGCAUGUUUAUCCGUUUGAGGUAAAUGGAGAUGUACAGACAAGAAACCGACCAAAUGGUCGCAAAUUAGCAGUGUCAAAAAGCACAGAAGACAACCUUGAGACUAAAAUGGUUGAUCCUACCAGCUACACAUUGGAAUUCUCUACUAGUAUUAGUGGCUCAAAAGACGAGUCGACAACAUCUGAAUCAACCGUUUGCAGCGUGUGCAAGGAAGUAGACUUCAGAAGUAGAGCUGCAAGAGGUAUGACUGAAAGUGAGAUCACUUCAAAGAGUACCCUAGAUUCUGCGCAUGAAAAGCAAGUAUUUGCUACUGAAAAUUUUCAAAAGUCAUAUGCAGUUGACAUAAAUGCAGUGACUAAAAAAAUUGAAGAUACUUUUUCCAAUGAAGACAGCAGUGGCAAUGAUAAAGAUGCGUCCACCAGUGAUGAGGUCACAUCACAAUGUACUCGAGAUACUCUAGAUGUAGAACAAAGAUUUACUGUUGAACAUUUUCAGAAGGGUGAUUCAAUUGACAUAAAUGCAUUAACUAGAGAAGACAAAUAUAAAUUUUUCAAUAAAGGUUUUGAUAAAGCUGAAUCACAUAGAGAAAAUGUGAAACCUGAGGACUUUGUUAAAUCGAUAAUGUCCAGUAAAGAUAGAAUUGGCAUUGAUAUCAAUGGAUCCAUUGAUGAGGUUACUUCAGAAAGCACACUAGAGUUUUUGCUUGUAGAACAAUUUAUUACUGAACAUUUUCAGAAUCCUGAUGCAUUUGACAUAAAUGCAGUGACAACAGAAGUUGAAGGUACCUUAUCCGAAGGUUGUUUUGAUACUUUUUCCGAAUGUGAAUUUGAUGCUUUUUCCGAAGCCCCAAGAGAAGAUGCUAAACCUGAGGACUCAAGUAAAUCAAUCCUUUACAGGAAAGACUGGAAUGUAAAUGAUAAAGAACCCAGUGAUGAUAUCACUUCAAAGAGCACACUUGUUUCUGUACAUGAAGAACGGGAAUUUGCCACCGAGAAUUUUCAGAACUCAAAUACAGUUGGCAUAAAUACAUUAACUACAGAGGCUGAGGAUACUCUUUCUAGUGAAGGUUUUGACACCGAGAAUUGUCAGAACUCAAAUACAAUUGGCAUAAAUACAGUGACUAAAAAAGUUGAGGAUACUCUUUCCAGUGAAGGUUUUGAUAAAGCUGUAGCAGAAAGAGAAGAUGCCAAACCCGAGGACUCAAGUAAAUCAAUCAUUUACAACAAAGACUGCAACGGAGAUGAUAAAGAACGGUCCAUUGAUGAUAUCACUUCAAAGAGCACACUGGAUUCUGUGCAUGAAGCACAUGAAUUUGCUGCUGAAAACUUUCCGAAGUCAAGUACAAUUGACACAAAUUCAGUGACUACUAAAGUUGAUGAUACUCUUUCCAGUAAAGGUUUUGAUAAAGCUGAAGCAGAAAGAGAAAAUGUCAAACCUGAGGACUUGAGUGAAUCGGUUAUUUACAGCGAAUACAACAACAAAGAAGAGUCUAUUGAUGAGAUCACAUCAAAGAGCACACUGGAUUCAUCUAAUGAAGAAACACAAUUUGCUGCUGAACACUUUCAGAAGCCAGAUACAAUUGGCAUAAAUGCACUGACUACAGAAGUUGAUAAUACUCUUUCCAGUGAAGGUUGUGAUAAAGCCGAAGCACAAAGAGAAGAUGUUCAACCUGAGGACUCAAGCAAAUCACUCAUUUACGGCAAUGGCAAUGACAAAGAAGUGUCAAUUGAUGAGAUCACAUCAAACACUACACUGGAUACAUUGCAUGAAGAACAGCAAGUUUCUGCCGAACACUUUCAGAAGCCAAAUACAAUUGACAUAAACGUGGUCACUACAAAAGUCGAUGAUAUUUCUUCCAAUGAUGGUUUCGAUAAAGCUGAAGCACAGAAUGGAAAUUCCAACCCUGACAGCCCUAGUAAAUCUAUUGUGUUCAGUGACGACAAAAGUGACAAUGAUAAAGUUGGUUUCAUUGAUGAGGAAAAAGCAUCACCUGCUAAGGUUGAACAAGACACUGAUACUUUAAACUGCUUGAAGGAAAGUAAAAACUCUGAAGCAUUUACACCAAAUGGUGAUAAUAAUGACAUUGUGGUUGAUAAGACACCAAAUGAAAUUUCCUUAAGCACAAAUAAUUCAGUAGGUGGUGACAAAACAAAGAGGGUGUUGAGUAAUUCCGGCCAACAAAGAGCUGAUGCUUUGGAGUCUCUGCUUGAGUUAUGCGCUCAUUUACUUAAGCAAGGAAAGCUUGAAGAGCUUGCCGCAGUGCUAAGACCCUUCGGAGAAGACACAGUUUCAUCCAGAGAAACAGCUAUAUGGCUGACAAAAAGCCUCUUGUCGUCACAAAAAUUUAAUCCAGAAACCUAGUUUUGUGAGAAAAAUUUGUACCUUGGAAAGUUACAUGAGUUUGUUCCUUUGAGACUCUUGCUUGAUUGAAGAUUGGCUUGGAAAAUAACAUCCCACAAUUUUUUCUUGGUGA